GCUCCUGCAGCCUGCGCCCCAGGCGGCCCCGGUCCCUCCCCGGCCCGGGCCGUUCCGCACCCACCCGAGUGGUCAGACGCGGGGAACCGCACGCGCGCCAGAGCGCCCCGACUCCCGGCGGCACCGCGCGCGUGCGGGGCUCAUCGCGGCCGCUGGCCCCGCGCAGCUCCGAGCGCGCCAGAAGGAGAAGAAUUUCUGCUGUUGGAGUGGCCUUGUCUGGGUGCCCCACGGUGUCCCCAGGGGUCUGACAGUUCCGGCUUAUUCUGGCACAUUUCUCCAUCACCCUUCCAACAUGGCAGCCAUCAAUUUGACUCAUGAUCUUCUGUCAAUGGAUCCAGUCUCCCUUCAUGAGGAAAACACAGAGGCAGAAAGGAUGGCUCUCUGGCUGAAAAAUCCUCAUCAGGAUCCAGUGACCUUUGAUGAUGUGGCUGUGGACUUCACCCAGGAGGAGUGGAUGUUAUUGGACCUUACUCAGAGAAAGCUAUACAGAAGUGUGAUGCUGAAUAACUAUUGGAACCUGGUUAAAGUAGGAUACCAACUGUCCAAACCCAGUCUGAUAGCUUGGCUGGAACAAGAAGAGUUGAGGACAGUGGAGAAAGAAGUUUUACAAGAAUGGACAGUGAGACUCAAAACCAAAGGGUCCGCAUUUCACCAGAAUAUUGUCGGAGGAAAAAUAUCCAGUGAGGAAAGGACCCACAGGGGGGCAGAACUUUAUGAGCAAUGCGGAAGAGUCCUCAGUCAACAUGUAUUACUUAAGACACAUGUAAAGACUCAAAAUAGAGGAAAUAAUUCUGAGUGUAGUCAGUACAGAAAAUGCUUUUAUACAGUGAGCAAGAAAAACUCUACUGAAGAGGAAGUUACUGAGUUUAAUCAGCUUGGCAGCAGCCUGACAGAGAAACCCUUUGAACACAGUGACUGUGGAACAAUGUUUGUGACUCACCCACAAUUUCAGUCACAUGUGAGAACUCACAAGGGAGAAAAACUUGAUGAAGGGAACCAAUAUAAAGGAGUUUUAAUUCAGUCAACAGGCUUUCCUGUGCAUGUUGAAAUGCAAGUUGAUAAAAAACCCUAUAAAUGUAAGGAAUGUGGGAGGUUGUAUACAGAUUCCAAAUGCCUUAAUGAUCACAUGGCUCGAAUUCAUACUAGGGCAAGACCCUUUAAGUGUAAGGAAUGUGGGAAAACUUUUGUUCAUCCCUCAGCCCUUAAAAGACAUCUAAUAAGUCACACUGGAGAGAGGCCCUUUGAAUGUCGUGAAUGUGGGAAAACCUUUGCCAUACCGUCAUAUCUAACUGCACACUUGAAAAUUCACACUGGAGAUAAGCCAUUUGAGUGUAAUUUAUGUGGAAAAGCAUACCCAUAUCCCUCGGUACUUAAGACUCACAUGCGAACUCACACUGGAGAGAAGCCCUAUGAAUGUAAGCACUGUGGAAAAGCCUUCUCUGUGAAUGCAACCCUGACUCAACAUGUGAGACUUCACACUGGAGAGAAGCCCUAUCAGUGUGAGAAAUGUGGGAAGGCCUUCACUGGGCCUUCAAGCCUUAGCAAACAUGUACGAACUCAAGAUAAGCCCUAUGAAUGUAAGCAGUGCAGGAAAGCCUUUGCUGUUUCCUCAGGCCUAACUCUGCAUAUUAGAAUUCAUACUGGAAAGAAACCCUAUCAAUGUAAGGUAUGUGAGAAAGUCUUUAUAUCAUGGUCAGACUAAUAAUGCAAAUUCACAGUGGAUAGAAAGCCUCUUUUAUGUACGGAAUGUGGGAAAGCCCUGUUACUCCAGUUCAUUUCAAAAACAUGAAAAAACUGUAGAGAAACUUAAGUGUGAUGAGUAUGUCCCCAGUUACUUUGAAUAUAUGAAAGAACUUAAGCCAAUUAGAUGCUCCAUGAAUGUAAGCAAGCAAUCUACAGCUCAGCAUAUAAGCAACAUGUAACACUUAUUAAGCUUACAGGAUGGUUCUCUGCAUCUAUUUUGAACGUGCCAUUCUGCCCUGACCAUUCCUGGGAACAGUAGGGCUUUUUCUUCCUGAUAACCAUUGCUAGGCCAGUCUAGGUUCUACAUUUAGUAUACAGCCUUGCCAAAGUGGGGCUAUUGAGCAUAGAAUUAAUCCUACUUAAGCCAUCUGAAUCCUUUUUGUAUUGAUCUGGUUAAUGAUUGUGAAGAUGGUGACCACUUGAAUCAGUUCAGUACUCAUGGAGUCCAUCUGUGUACCUCAUGCAGGCCAAGCUGGAAGAUACAGUGCCCCUGUAGAUUAUCUAAAUGAUGCUCUUGUCCUCAGCAGAUCUGAUUCUUUUGUAUUAAGGAAGUACAAAAGGUGAAAUUAUACCUACUACUGUGAGGUACCUCAAUUUCAGGGCCCAGGAAGGGUAAUGACCCCAGAACUAGGGAAGGAAUACUUUUAACUUCAGGCACUGUGCACUGAGAGGCUAGAAACUGGGAAUGUUCUCAAAUGACUCCUAGGUGUAGUACCAUGGCUUGGAAGAAAAUGUAUGUUCAGCAUGAGUUGGCAUGUGGACUUUCAGGUAGGUUUUUCAUUCCUUCAUGUGCUAUGGAAUAGAAACCUGUGAACCUGGCACAUUCUGUUGCUCUGAAAUAUUUUAUGCUGUCAUUUGUAGUUCUUCAAAGUGGGCACUGGAUAGAGAGAACACAAAUCCAAAGCUUUUUCAUAUCCUGACAGUUGAGCAGCCUUUGGUUAGGUCACAUAUGGCCAUGGAGGCCACAGCUGCUUAAUAUUAAUCACUUCCCAUGGGGCUCCACUCAGUGUAAAGCGUGUAUUAAACUAAUUAUAAAUUCUGAUUGGAAGGAACCUGGGUAUGCUUGUGUCAAUUGCAGUUGAGGGACAGUGUAUUAUGAAGUGAGUCUCUUUAGUAUGGAGAUACCUUGACUUCUUGUGCAGGUUGCAGUGUAUAAUAGACUGGCCUCAGUGGACAUUUGAAAUACCUACAACUUCUACCAGAACUUGUUCACAGUUCACUGAGUCCAAGUCCUUGGGGGUCAUGGGUGAGAGGUCAGUGCUGCAGGUUGGCCUCAUCCAGCUGCUUGGACUCUUAGUAAUAGCGUUAUUAAUGGUGUAUGAGGUAAACUGAACAGAUUUACUCCCAACUUCUGUUAGUGGAAGACUGCAUGGUAUGUUCAUGUGAAUAAUUGCUGGAGGUCAAGGUGAUGUCCUUUUGUCAAGGUGUAAUUAAAGGGAAUUUUAAAUUUUGUUAGAGCCAGAUUUAUGCGAUUUUAUUGAUGUAUUCAGAAAUUUUCUCCCAUUGUGGUAUGUUUUGCUGACCCCCCUUUUAUUUUUAUGUUUAUGUGCUUUAAUUGAUCUGGAAUAGACUUUUUAUAGUGUCAUUAUAUUCUAGUUACUACUCUAGCAUGGAUGUAAAAAUUUCCAGGCUAUUUUUUAAAAGACUUUUUCUUUUACUGUGCCAUUUCUGUCAUUGAUCCAAUUUGCAUAUACAUGUCUUUAAUUAUGGUGCAUUAGUUUUCUAAUGGUAAAUCAACCUUGUGAUUCUAGAAAAACCUUAAUUUGGAUAUAAUGCAUUCUUUUAAAAAAUUGCUUGAGUUGUCUUUAGCGAUUACUUUUUUUGGUAGUAAUUUUUGGAUCCUAUUUGUAACAUUCUUACUCUGUUGCCUGAAUUUUUAAAUGAAAACAGGCCAUUUCUAGGGGGAAUAGAAUAAUUUAUGCAUUGGACUUUAAAUUCAUUAAGGUCUAUUGUAUUUGUACUCAGACACAAAACAUACUCUUAAUUUUCAAAAAAUAUUUUUAGUUUGUAAUCAUCUUGCUAUUGUAAUCAUAUGUAAUCUUACAACUCUGAUUGUUGAUAAAUAAAAUGCUGUUGAAUUUGUAACUAGCAGUCUUUGCAAAUAUUUUCACUAAUUCUAGUAAUUGUUUUGUUUCUUCACCUUAGGAAAUCAUGUCUGUAAAAAAUUAUUUUAUUUUUCCUCUUCAUUUCUUAGGUCACACAUGUUUUGUGGCUUUGGACUAAAUGCAACCUGUAAUUCCAUGCUGACUACAAGUAGUGAAAGCCACAGUGCUGUAUUAUUCCCAGUUCUAAUUGGGUAUUGCAAUAUGAG